UUUCUUCACGUAAUGUUGCGUAAUUCUUAAAGUUGUACUUAAAAGUUGUCAUUAAAGUUGUCAUUAAAAGUUGUACUUGUAGAAUCUACUCUCGGACACAGAAGUUAAUGAGUUACUGUUUGAAUUGCGUGUUCAGGCUUAUCACGACAAGGUCAUUGACGAAAUUUUACGGUAACAGAAAUAUACGAAAACCAAAGGCUUCGGAAUUGCUGACAAAUCAUCUCAUUCAACGCAGCAAACCACCAUGGACUUCGUUCUCUGUCAGGUACAACAGUGUGAAGAAUGACCAGUUCGGGCUGUCGCACUUUAACUGGCAAGUUGACGAUGCAAACUACCACAUACUGAGAACUGGAUGUUACCCUUUCAUCAAGUACCACUGCACAAGGCGCCCAUAUCAGGAUCUUACUCUAGAGAACAAUCUUUUCACCUUGCUUAAAGUGCUGAAUCUUGGUAUUCCAACACUGGCCUAUGGUGUUGGUACCUGGUUUCUUGUGAAUCAUGAAGAGGUGGUGAAAACGUCGUGUGGACCUGUCAAAGUAUAUUUCCUUUAUAAGGAAGAUCGUGGUGCAGAAUACUAGGACCUAUGAUUUGCUGUCCGUAGGUGUUAUGCAUGCAUUAGCUUUUACUGUGGUGCAUCUGGCAUAGUUUCGUCCUGUGUGCUAUACAGUGACUGUGGUAAAACAACAUAAAUUUGCAUUUUAGUGACUAUACGUGAUAAUAGCAUAGAAACUCGCUGGUGCUUUGUACCCCUCUGCAUUCCUGCUGUAUUUUCUGUGUACUUGUUAUAAAGCAAUUAUCGUCUAUAGCAAAGCAAAUAACGAACAAUAAUGGAAUUCAGAAAUGGCUGCAUGCGCUUCAGACGCGUGACCAGGUGGGCGGCGAAGCUGUGGGCAAUAGCUCUCGCCGUGCUCGUGCUGUGGUACGGCUUGUCUUCGCUCCGCGCCGACAGGGGAUUGGGCGCCUCGUACGAAUCGGACGACCCCGUCGUUGCGACGUAUCUCCGCGAGCAGGCGGCCUUCGCCAGUCAGAGCGACGCGGCGC